GUUUUAACCGUUUUAUCUCUCACGCUGGAUCCGGAUCCGUGAACGUUAGGGUUUCGUAGCAGUUUUCACCCGGCGGCUCUGGCAACGUACUUCUAUUGGCUGGCUGUCUAAUCUGCACACUCUCACUCUAACUCUCUCUCUCUGCCCUGCAAACUAACUCUCUCUCCCUCUCUGCUGAUUGAUAGAAAUUGAAGAAUGUCGAUAACCAAUCGUUUGUCGACUUCGAUUUCUUCAUCAUCCUCGGCUUUCUUAGGUCAAGACCGCCAUUUCAAAAUAAGACCCCAGAAUGUCUUUCUUCCACCGAAAAACCCUAGGAUUUGUAAAUGCGUUGCAACCACGCCUACUGAGAAAACUGUAUUUGCUGCAAUUUGUGAAGCUUACACGACUAAGGUCUCUCGCAAUGCAAACAUGGCCAAACUUCAAGCUGGAUACCUGUUUCCAGAGAUUGCGAGAAGAAGGGCUGCACACAUGUUGAAGUACCCUGAUGCACAAGUGAUAAGCCUUGGAAUUGGUGACACUACUGAACCCAUUCCUGAUGUUAUAACUUCUGCCAUGGCUAAGAGAUCACAUGGACUGUCGACAAUAGAGGGUUACAGUGGUUAUGGAGCUGAACAAGGUGAAAAAUUAUUGAGAGCUGCAAUUGCUUCAACUUUUUAUGCAAACCUUGGCAUAGAGGAAGAUGAUAUAUUUGUUUCAGAUGGUGCUAAAAGUGACAUAUCCCGCCUCCAGGUCCUUUUCGGCUCUGGUGUUACAAUGGCAGUGCAGGAUCCAUCUUACCCAGCUUAUGUAGACUCAAGUGUUAUUAUGGGUCAGACUGGACAGUAUCAAAAGGAUUUUGGGUAUGGAAAAAUUGAAUACAUGAAGUGUACUCCUGAGAAUGGUUUCUUUCCUGAUUUAUCUACUGUCUCUCGAACCGAUGUCAUAUUUUUUUGUUCACCAAACAAUCCAACUGGUUCUGCUGCAACGAGGGAUCAACUGACUCAACUAGUACAGUUUGCUAAGGAAAAUGGGUCAAUCAUAGUCUAUGAUUCUGCAUAUGCAUUGUAUAUGUCAGAUGACAACCCAAAAUCCAUCUUUGAAAUUCCUGGUGGUCGAGAGGUUGCAAUUGAAACUUCUUCGUUUUCCAAGUAUGCUGGGUUCACCGGAGUUCGUUUAGGUUGGACAGUGGUUCCCAGAGAGCUUAAAUUUUCAGAUGGAUUUCCAGUGGCCAAGGACUUCAAUCGCAUUGUUUGUACUUGCUUCAACGGUGCAUCUAACAUUGCUCAAUCUGGUGGUCUUGCAUGCCUUUCACCAGAAGGCCUUGAGGCUAUGCAGGAGGUGAUUGGUUUCUACAAAGAAAACACUGAGAUUAUAGUCGAAACAUUCACUUCGCUUGGUUUUAAUGUGUACGGAGGGAAAAAUGCACCAUACGUGUGGGUUCACUUUCCUGGACAAAACUCGUGGGACGUGUUCAGUGAGAUUCUUGAGAAGACCCAUGUUGUUACAACGCCUGGCAGUGGUUUUGGACCUGGCGGUGAAGGUUUCGUUAGGGUUAGUGCCUUCGGUCAUAGGGCCAAUGUGUUAGAAGCAUGUAGAAGAUUCAAGGAGUUGUACAAGUGAAGGAAGGUUUCACCUACCUCCAUCAUGUUCCAUGUUUUCUGUGAUUGUAGGAUCUUAGCGGGUUGUUGAAAAUACUUAAACGUCAGUGAUUUCGUUUGAGGAUCAAGUUUACAAAAGUUGAAUUUUGUUCUCUGAUGUGAAAAUUUGUUUAGCUUCGGAGAGAUAGAUCUCUUUUAUGUGUGGUUGAUAACAAACUGCCAUACUUGUCUGGAAUAAUUGUGAAAUAUUUAGACUAUUAUGUAGUCCAUGCUCUUACUCUAAUUUGA